AUGAACUUAAAAAUUGUCGGUGUUUCCAUAGUGUUUUUCCUUCUUUUACCCGGUCACAGAGGGAUUUCGAUCGUAUUUACCCCUGGCAAAAGGCUUUCUGGAUUUGUUAUGGAAGAAAUAUCCCCCAUCGGGAAAGAGAUGUGCGUUAAAGAGUGUGCCAAGAGGGCAACUUGUGCCUCGAUUAAUUUUCAUAGAGGCCGGUUGGAAUGUGAGUUGUCUUUUAACAAUGGAAUGACAAAUACUGCCAGUCUCUUAUCUGAUGAAGAAUAUAUCUAUAUUGAAAGAAAAGAAAUACCACAGGUGUAUUUCGACAGAUGCAAUGCACCUCGCGCUUGUUCACCCCUAGAAAGUUGUAUUCGGACAUCUACUGGACCUAAAUGCAUCCAAUCAGACUGCCCAGUUCAUCAUCCAGACGCGAACACCACUUCAGUCAAGGUCACAGCCACCAAGGUCGAUACUGUCCUCACCUACACUUGUAAUUCUGACCCCUCUAUAACCUUGACCUCCACCUGCAGAAGCAACGGAACUUGGUCAUCAUCCUCAUCUUCGUGCAAGACAACAGCGUGUUUGGCCCCCAUGACGACUUGUUGGUACAAAUACAACUUUACCCAUGACAAUGAGUUUAAUGGGUGUGCAGGUGGUCCAGAAUAUGUCAAGAAAACAGAAUUUACAUCUGCUCCACUAGUGGGGGUGGUUCUGUGUACUCCUACAAGAUAUAAACUAUUCCUUGGUGAAAACUUAACAACUACAUUUUUUAACAUUGGAGACGGGAGCGGAUCAGGACAGGAUCACUGUGAACUUGUAGGUGGAUCCCAAACUACUGCUAUAAUACCAGGAGAUUAUAACAAGUCUCCAGCUGUCACAGGUUACUUUCGAAGCCAUGAGGGACAGGAGUUUCAAUUUGGAAAGAUUGGCAUUGCGCAGUCAAGCUACUAUUUCAACUCCUACCUGGAGUGUGGCGUAUCAAUUCCGGACCCCGUACCAUAA